AUGGCGCCGAAGAAGACGCCGAAGGGCAAGUCAGGCUUCUUCGGCGUGAGGCAGAAGCCCUCCGGUAACUGGGGUGUGGAGUUCUCCGACGCCGGAAGGCGUUGGUGGAUCGGCACGUACCCCUCCGCCCACGAGGCCGUGCGUGCCUACGACGUGGCGGUGUGGCGUGCCGAGAGGCCUCGGUCGCACCUCAACUUCCCAGAGAUCGAGACUCGGGCGGAAGCGGAGAUCACGACGAAGAGGAAGAAGACGAAGAAGCCAUCGGUUGUCGUCAGUGCUGGCGAGACCGACGAGGAGGCGAUGGCGAGGUUUGCUCGGGAGCAUCCGGAGUACGUCCAGGCCGAGCUGGAGUACUACUGA